AUGCAUUGCACUGCCCACGUAUGCAAACAGGAACAUGGCUACCGGUGUAUAGCAUCAGCAGUCCAUCGUUAUACUAUUCUUCUGUCGGCUUUGUACAGUCUGUGACAAUUUAACAUUUGCUGUGCUUCCGCCACAGAAGAAAAGCCUUCGCACAGUUUAUCGGCGGAGCCAGCAGACUCUCUGAAAACAGCGUCUCCGUUGUCCAUCAAUCACAGACAGUUUGGGUCAAGAUGGCAAGUCCAAGGACCAGAAGAGUUCUAAAGGAAGUGAGAACCCAAGAUGAGAAUAAUCUGUGUUUUGAGUGUGGAGCUUUUAAUCCUCAAUGGGUCAGUGUGACCUAUGGGAUCUGGAUUUGCCUCGAAUGCUCUGGCAAGCACAGGGGCCUGGGAGUGCAUCUCAGCUUUGUGCGCUCUGUAACCAUGGACAAGUGGAAGGAUAUUGAGCUUGAGAAGAUGAAAGCAGGAGGAAAUGGAAAAUUCCGUCUGUUUCUUGAACUCCAAGAUGAUUAUGAUCCCAACUGGACUUUACAGGAAAAAUACAACAGCAGAGCUGCUGCACUCUUUAGAGACAAGGUUGCUACUUUAGCAGAGGGUAAGGAGUGGUCCAUUGAGACGUCCCCUGCCAGAAACUGGACUUCUCCUCAACCUAAGACCAGCCUUUCAUCCUCUCAUCGCUCUGGAGGACCUGGACAAAACUCAGCCAAAUCUGGCGACAAGGCCUUUGAAGACUGGUUGAGUGAUGAUGUUAAUUCAUAUCAGAGUGGAGGGGGUUACAGUGGGAAUCAAGAGAAUCGCUAUGUUGGCUUUGGCAACACAGUGACCCCAGAGAAGAAAGACGACGACUUCAUCAACAGUGCCAUGUCUUCUAUUUAUUCAGGUUGGAGCAGUUUCACUGUUGGAGCUAGCAAAUUUGCUUCUAUUGCUAAAGAUAAUACAACUAAACUGGCAAACCAAGCAACCUUAAAGGCCACAGAGUUAGGACAGACAAUAAAUGAGAAUGUUAUCAAACCUACCCAAGAAAAGGUGAAAGAUGGCAAAUUGAUAGAUGAAAUGGCAGUCAGCAUGACUGGGCUGGCAAACAAGGUUCAGGGAGCUGGUGCGAAAUUGACUAAUCUCUUCAUGGGAAAACCAGAAGAUGGUUCUGCUGGGGAGAGCUACCAGAACAUGGAUGCCACUGAGGGAUAUCAGGGCAGUUCUAGCCAGCCUGUCGCAAGGGACUUCUGGGAAACCUUUGGCAGCAACAGCUCCUUAAAAGCCAAGAAAUCUCCCAGCAGUGACAGCUGGACCAUCGCAGAUAAUUCUACAAAGAAGAGUUCUGACAGUUGGGACAAUUGGGGCUCUGAAGCAGCGUCUAACAACAAACACAGCACAGAGGAGAGCUGGGAGGCCUGGGACAACAACUGGGAGAACGCGGAUGGUAAGACGAAGAAGAGUCCCACGAAACCUGCCGAAGAAACCUGGGAAAAUGCGGACUGGUAGUGACCUCACAACCAUACAUCUCCUCAUCUUUUUCUCACUCUGGCCUUUUUCUUUUCUCUUUCUUUCCUUCUCUGUUCAUCUCACUGGCACUUUCAUAGAUAAAGCUGUGUCAGGUCUUGUCAAUCCAUUCAAAAUAUAUUUAUUACAAACCCAAGAAACUAUAAAUGAAGCCCAGGGAUACAUUGAUCUCAGAUCUCAGUAUUAGAUGACAGAUAUCCUUAAGGUGUACAACCUUGAAUAGCAGUCAUUUAUUUUAUUGUAAAUUACCUUCAUCACAAGGGAUUGAGAGAUAAAUUAGUGUAGAUAUGGUCAUAAAUUGCCCAAAUAUAAUGCUGUUAAUGGUGAAUAAGCCAGUGUUCAUACUGUGUCAUGAGUUCGUGAUGCUGGUUUUAAUCUCAUCACCUAAAAAAUGAUGCAUGAAAGAGAAAAUAUGACAUUGUAAAUAUAAAUCAUUGUAGAUAAAGUAUGAUUGACAACACUAAUGACAUUCUUUUCUGUGUAUUCAAUCCCAUUGAUUUAUUCUGCUCCUGGACUGUUUGCACAUUUUGUUUAUGUAAAACUGAUUCUUUUUUUUUUUUUGUAGAAUAUAUGCUGUAGUAACAAGGGGCUUAAUAAAAUUAAAGAAGCAAAAAAAAUGUAACAAAUUGGUAUCCAUUAAUCAAAAUCUGUGAGGAUGUCUAAAUUUGAAUUAAAAUAAUCUAAUGUGUUAUGAGUUGUUCUAAAUGAUCUUUGUAGUAUUGUUUUUUUUAAUGUCUUUUGUUGAAAUGUGCAAAUAGUCAAAGGAUUUGAAAGCAGAGAGCCGCUGAGACAACAUUAUCAUGUUAUCAAGACCACAAGAUGAUACAACAGAAUGCUUACAUGAUUAAUUCUGUGUAUCUUAACUAAAUUCCAUUUAUGAAUAACUGCCCCUCUGGUAAAAUGGUUUGGUUCCUUUAUGAUACAGGUGUUGCGUCACAUUGGUGUCAUGGAGACAAGCUGACUUAAAAACCUAGCCUUUUCUGAAAAUUGAUGUAUUUCAUUUAAAUCGAUGAUGAUAAUAAUAUUGCAAUGGUGUGAUGUCACUUUCUUUAACUUCCCCGCCUGUUGUUAACAGCUCAAGACCUGUCUUCACUGACUGCAAAGGUCUUCAGUGUAUUCAGGUUUUUUUUAAGCACAUCCUCAACAUUUUUUUUGUCAUGUAACUCCUUCAGUUUGCACUGCAAAAUUUUGCUAUUUAUCACGUUUCUUUUUUUACCUCACAGCUGAAAUCAGUUAAGAUCUGAAAUUAAUCGGUUUGGGUUUAAAAUGAUCAAGCUAAAAUAAGUCAGAAAGAGUUAUUAAAUUGUAAUCAAAUGCCAGUACCUGCCAAUAGUUACUGAUCUAUUGGGCUAGAUGGGGGAUUGUUUUUCUUGUUUCUGACCUCGAAGCAGGCUGAUACUACUUGAAUUGAAAUUUAUUGCAGGCCAGCUUUCACAUGAGAGUUGACACAGUGAAGACAGGCUGUAUUCAGUCCUCAAACCCAGGCCAGGCAUGUUGACAAACUUGCCUUCUCUUAUAAAAGUGAGUCAUAGCUCAUAUUAUGAAAGCCACUUGUUGGACAUCAGCCGUUGUUUCAUCUGUAAUAUUACAGUUUUAUUUUUAUGGUGUAAACAUUUGGGAAUUUAAAGUAACUGGUGUCUGAAGAUUAUAUAUACAGUUUAUUGUAGAUAAUUUCACACAGAGAGUGACAUGGUUUAUGUCCUGUAUGUGAGUGUGGAGGUUGUCUUUCAAUAACUGGACUGGGGACUGUAGACUUCUUUGUUAACUGCAUGGUGUUGCCUGUGAGCCUGUAACUUGUGACCUCAACUGAACCGUAAAUCUCAUCUCGUAUGAAGCGGCUCUGCGUGAGCUUCUCACCACAUCUGUGUCAUUGCACCUUGGUCAUUAUGUAUUGUUCUGAUUUGGUGUGUCACACAUCUUCACACUUGUAUUAACAUCUGAAUCGUGGAGUAGGCACAUUAUACGCUGGCUGCUUAGAUUGUCAUAGCUCUCAAACGCUUGUUAUGAAUUAAUUUAAUCCACCUCGUGCAUCCCUCAGUCUGAUUAAAUGGCAGCUGCACUCACAUUGUUCAUGGCAGAUGCAGAUGUAUCAUGAAAAGCUUGUUUUAACACGCAGGAAUGUAGUCAGAGUCAAAGUAUUUUACAAGGCUAAUACUCCGGUGAUCAACAACUUCUAACAAGCUGUCGAGGUUUAGAACUUUGCUGAUUUUGCAGCACCUAACUUCCCUAUGUGGCCUUUAAUUUACUAUAAGAUAAAGUUUCGCAGCUUUAUCAUACUGUUAAUGACUGUACAGCUUCUUAACCUACAGACAGUCAGUUACAACAGGAUGGUUAAAUAACCAAUAUCAAAAGACAUCUUAACUUGCUUAAAAUGCAUCUGAUUUUUUUUUAAGGUCGGUCUCUGUGAUCAUUAAAUGACCAGUAGUCAGUUGUUAGCUGCCCACAGAGCAGUGCACCAGUGCAAUAUAGCUGCUGGAUUGUUGUUUGUUAUAUAGGUGUUUUUUGCUGUACUUAUGUAAACAGUACUCAUUGGGCCUUAUGAUUGGUAAAAAAAUAUAUAUCUUAGGUUUUAAUAUGUGAAGGAGGAAUCCUGGCAACAUUAUUCCAUUCCCAUUUCCUACCUCUGAGUCUUCAGUUUACUGCCAGCUUUUCAGUGGUGAACAUGCUUUUUUUUUGUCUUAACCUUUCAGCACUGUUUCAAUGUGGACUGUAUUACAGCAGGCUCACUUUGCCGUAGCUCAUUUGCUGAAACAAUUGUGUUAAAGCGACAAAGAUGGGCCUUCACCGUUGGUGUGUUCGCAGUGGCAGUGUAAUCAUGUUGUCGCUCAGCCUCUGUAGUCAUGUGCUCAUGUAUGGCCAUGUGUGACUAACCUUUAAACAGCUGUGACAGUUUGCCUGUGUGUUCCUGAUACAGUGAGAUGUACACAUCAGUAAAUCACCAGAAAACCAUCAUGUCAAAUAAUUAUAUUGUUAUCCUUGGCUCUCCCUAUAUUUCUGAAACUUUUUGUCAGUUGUUUUUGUUAUUUUGUUUAUUUGUAUGAAUGGACCAAGCGUGCUAUCUCACACUCCUAAAAAGGAAAUAUUUGAACAGUCGCUGGUCUGAAGUAGGGCUUUUAUUGGCGAAUGUCCUGUUGGGGUUACUGUUGCACUUGAUUGGUUGACCAAUGUGUCAUGGACUGAAACUCAUCAGCCAGGCCUUGAUAUACGGUGGUGAUUUUUUUUUUUCUAUCAACACACUGUAAUGUGAAUCUGAAUCUGAAUUUUAACUUUAAAGAGCAGCAGUUGAGCUCAGUGUCUGUGCCUGUCAAGAGUGGGUGUGUCCAUGUUUGUUGAUGAAAAAAUUAGAAAUACUUUUUUUGAUGUCAUGCAUGGUGUAACGUGGCGCUAAAUACAUUCAGCUGUUGUUUGAUUUUUUUUUUUUUAAAAAAAAGAAAAAGGUUUCCUCUGUGACUUCAAGUGCAGUUGUCUGCUUGCCCCUUCAAGUUUCACCAGCAGCCAUCCCAUGAGGUGAGCCAGUGUUAUCUACUCAGUUGAGGCUGUGGAGACUUUUCCUGUACACAUGGUUUCUGUGCUCAAUAAAAAUGUAUUGUGUCGUGAA